AAUACCUUUCGUUUUGUAAAAACAACCGGUAACCCCGGACGGUCCCUAAGCCAGUGAGGUUAUGUUCAGUCUUAUCUUUACUUUAUGUUCUUUCGUUCUUGGUUUUGUUUGUUUUUGCAGCACUUCUGGGGUCCUGUUGCUAACUGGGGUCUGCCCCUGGCUGCUUUUGCCGAUAUGAAGAAAGAUCCUAGCAUGAUCAGCGGCAAAAUGACAACAGCCCUUUGUAUCUACUCAGCGUUGUUUAUGCGAUUCGCCUGGACGGUUCAGCCGCGCAAUUUGCUGCUGUUGGCCUGCCAUGGCGCCAACGAAACUGCCCAGCUUGGUCAGCUGAGCAGAGUUACCUCCUAUCGGAUGACAGGAAAGGAUUGGAUGGGUGUGUACAAGGGAUAGAACGUGCUUUUGCUUUUUUUGGACUACUAAUGGUAUCCGUACAGACGAAUCUCUCCGUACGUCAUUUCAACGUUUUCUCUUCUUCUUUUUUCCAGCUGGUCUGCCCAUAGCAUUCACAAUAUAUACAUAGCGGUGUUUUUCUCUCGCUCUCUCUAGCGUUGAAUUUGAAUAGCCUUAUCUAUCUUGUUGAUAUUCUUUAUGUACCUGUAUCAUGACCCGUCAUGUGCCUAGUCAGUGCCUAACAUUAACAACUGUAUACGAAAGCACUUAUUUUUUAUAAUGGCCAUUUAUUAUCACGAAAUCCUGUAUUUUUAGUUACUUCCAAAAUGAGGUAUUAGUUAUGAUGAGAUUUUGUACACGAGUAUGAAGAUGAUGAAAGCGGUGAUGAAAAGAGAGUGUACACACAACUACCGCUUGCAGUAGCUUGUCAAAACA